GUUUUACUGUCAGUCGAGAGAUCUGAACCUUGGUCAAAGUUGACGCGUCAAGAUCAGAGUAUCAUCAGUGGCUAUGCCGCCCUCAUUUUAUCUCUCAUGACAUCGCAGAAAGGAAAAUCGCCUGAAAAACUCGACGUUGAGGACGAGGAAGAGCGUCUGGCCAGAAUCCAGAACACUCUAGAGAAACUGAACACGAACGCGCUGCCUACCGUCGAACCAGGCUCCAGUCAGAGACCAAACCUCGAAGCCAUCUGGAAUCAAAGCGCUCCAGCUGCCGCGGAAUUUGACGAGAGCUCUUUGCAACAACGUAGCGCGUCGUUUCUCUCCCAGAAAACGCCUCUGAUCGCGUAUCUAGUCCUCCAGCGCGUCCAAGCUUUUCUCCCACGAAUGGAGGCUUCGAAUACCGAGCUGGCCCAGAUGGUCGCAGCCGAUCCGCGGAGCGUUGAUAUCGAAAACGUGGACGAGGACAGGGAGGUCAUACAGAUGAAACUCGGCCUCGGCCUGUUCGAAGAAAGGAAUGGCAACGAGUCGUCAUCCGAGGACUCAAGUUCCAAUCCCGACUCCGAUUCCGACACGGGCACCAUGAGCUCGGUAUCUGAAUCCUCUGAUGAUUCGACCUCGACCUCCAGCGACGACGACUCGGAAGACUCGGUAUCAGCGGCCUCGCAUCAUUCAAGACCCAUCCGCCCACUUCCCCGUCGGGCUCGCCCAGAGAUCGAGAUCAUAUCCGAGACCACGUUUCCCGAAUGACCGCGUCGACUGAGGCGAAGCCGCGCGGGUGUGCGCCCCUGGAGCGGCCAGCUGUACAUAGAACGACAUUCUCCGCCAUCAUGAACGAACCAUGCGCCGAUACUCUCAUCCCACUUCAUAUUUUGAACCGGGCGGUCUCGAUGUCGCGCAGUGACGAACCAAUAGGCAGUUGUUGAGGUGCGGAUAUGGAUGUCGUCCCUGUUUGGAACAGCCGUAAUUUUCGGCGGAAGAACCACAUGACUGGGCUCAUUGCUGUACGUUCCACAGUGCGGCCUCGGGGCACCGCUCCCAGAAUGUAUCGUCACAUGGAACCCGUAGUUCAUGGCGGCGUCGUUGCUGGAGGCCUGACUACCGGGGAACCUGAUUUGGCAUUGACCGUGUUCGCUAGAUCUUUCGAAGGAUGUAGAUUACGGCCCCACCACAGCAAGCAGGUGCAGGAUACGUUGCUAUAAGAAUUAACUGUAGAAUGUUACUUUGUUUUGUC